AUGGCAUCAGCAGCUCUGGAGCUGAUGGGCUUUUUCUUGGGCCUGCUGGGGAUGCUGGGGACCCUGGUCGCCACCGUGCUACCGUACUGGCAGAUUUCUGCCCACAUCGGCUCCAACAUUGUCACGGCCGUGGCCAACAUGAGGGGCCUGUGGAUGGAGUGUGUCUACCAGAGCACAGGGGCCUUCCAGUGCGAGACCUACAACUCCAUGCUGGCUCUGUCCUCCGACCUGCAGGCCUCUCGUGCCCUCAUGGUCAUCUCCCUGGUGUUGUCUACCGUUGGCAUUGCUGUGGCGGUCCUGGGGAUGCAAUGCACUCUCUGCUUGGAGGGCUCGGGUGCAGUUAAGAGUCGCGUGGCAGGCACUGGCGGGGGCCUGUUCCUUGCUGCAGGUUUCCUGUCACUCAUACCAGUGGCGUGGACCACACAUGAGGUGGUCCAGACUUUCUACCGACCCAACCUACCUGCCAGCAUGAAGUUUGAGCUGGGGGAGUGUUUGUAUGUCGGUCUGGCCUCUGCGCUCAUCUCCAUGCUGGGAGGGGGGAUGCUGUGCGUCUCAUGCUGCGAGGAGCAGGACGGCGGGCGUGGAAGACGCCUCGGCGGAGGGUAUCCAUAUCCAGUCGGAGGCGGCAUGCCGGGCGCAGGUGUACGGACAACCUCACAGACCUACCGCAACCCCACCCUGCAGGUGGGGGGCAUCAACACAGCUAGCAGGGGGCAGAUGCUGGUCCGCAGCACCAGUGGCAGUUCCCAGCUGAGCACACAUGAAACGCAGGGAGCCAAGAAGCCCACUGCAGCAGGAUAUGACAUCACAGGAUAUGUCUGAGGCUACUGUCACUCCAUCACACCUUUGUGUAAAAUGUGUAACUGUAGCAAACUAUUUUACAGUUUUGUCUCUGGGAGUGUUUGAUCUUUUCCUACGACUGCACACGUUUAUAGGCGUAAGAUGUCAUACAUUUCCACUACUUUGAUAGCAACUCACCUAUUAUGUAGAAAGGCCACGAAAAUGAGCAG